UUUAAGGUGACGGUCAACAUUGGGAUAUAUUUGCUGGAUAAAAUAAAUAUGAUGAAAGGACUUUAUGGAUUUCUGACACUCGGUGUGUUGGUGUUUACAGGUGGUCCUACACAUGCCUCCUUUCCUCUUGAGCUCAACCCUCCCAGAGUGGUGGUGAGAUAUGGAGACUCAGUCUCAGUCAACUGCAGCACAUCAUCCACAGACCAUGAGGGGAUGGGCUGGGAGGCCACAUUCGGAGGUACAGGUUUUGAACAAGAUGUCAACGUUGUCACCUGGACUGUGGAUAACCUUACUGAUUGGACAAUAGAACCUACAUGCUACAUCACUCUCAAUGAUGGCGAACAACCCUCAAAAGUACUUCCAGUCAUUCUCUACAAGACUCCAGACAGCGUCUUCAUCUCUGUUCUGAGCCACUCUGGUCCCAUGGUGGAGGGGACAGAGUACCAGCUGCAGUGUGACAUCCAGAACAUCGCUCCUCUACAGAACCUGGUUGUGAAGUGGUACAAAGGGAAUGAACUCUUAGAUAAUGUAACUUACAGUAACGUCAGUAAGACACCAGUGGAUGUGUCAGCUACUCUGAUGAUCAGCCCCAGUAGACAUGAUGAUGGAGCUCAGUAUAGAUGUAGAGCAGAACUGGACCUGGGGCCAGAGGGACCACAACCUCCUCUCAUAAUGACAUCAGAACCUCUUGAUUUCACUGUAUUCUACCCCCCAACCUUUUCCAGACCUGAAGCUGAGACCCUGGACAUCAGAGUGGGGGAGGAAAUCACCUUAAACUGCACGGCUACUGGAAGGCCCACUCCUCUGUACAGCUGGCAGUCUUCACAUCUCCAAGAAGCUCUUUUCACCCCACCGUCCGAGGUCCCAGGAACCUACACCUGCACUGCCUCCAAUCAGAUAGGCAAGAUCAGCAGGACAUUCACUGUGAAUCCCAAACCUAAAGGGGGCAGAACAACGCUCUGGGCUAUCAUAGGAUCGGGCCUGGGCCUGUCCUUUGUGGUCGUGAUUGUCUAUGUCGUUGUCAAACACAGAGCAGGUCACAACUCCAUCAUCUGACCAGGCCAGAGGAAGAGCAAUUCUAUCACCAGUGUGACCAGCAGGACUUCCUCAACAGACACUGUAAAGCGGCUGUGGAAACAGGCUAGCCUGAUCGCUGUAGUCCGAUGACAGCACCAAGUGACCUUAUGGGACUGUACAGUGAGAAAUGAGCCAUGCAAUGCAUCACUUCCUGUCUAAUGCUUUUUUUCUUGUUGUUCUAAAAUGGUGAUACCAGAGCCUUUUAACCGAUUUAAGUUUGCUAUUCCAAGAGCCACAGGCAGCUUCUCUUCACUGUUGCUUAUUUUGUUCUCUGCCCACAUUCUUCUACUUUAUGUCUCUCGUUUACAAGUCACAGCACCCUUGAUUCUCAGUAUUGUCGGUAUGUUUGAUGAUAGCUUUAAUCAUUUGGGGGGAACUAAUAGUAAAGAUGUAUUGUAAUGGUAAACAUUAUUACCUUUUAAUGUGGCAUGAACACAAACAGUCAUGAUGCUUUCAUCUGAUUCUCAAACAAAUCACUUCAGAAAGUAACCUACCUGUGCACUUUUGUCCACAAAAUAAUUCCAACUUCAUUUCAUGAAGGGAAAGAGACAUCUGUUACAAAACACCAAAAAGUGUUGUGACAUUCAGCGAUUGUCAGGAAGCCUACACUCUUGUAGCCUGAAUUAAUUGAUGCGUCUUGCUGACAAAUUGUCGUUUUCGUAAAAAGAAAAGUCUGGACCUGAAAAGGGACUGAAAUACGGGAAGCAACUACAGCUGUCUGUCCCAAGCUCAUGUGAGGGCCCAGUUGAAACAUUGUUGCAAAGCUCAAAACAGACAUCAGAGAGGCAGACAGGCGGAGUAUGAAUGCGAUUGAAAGAACCUGAACUGGUUUAAACCAGUGGGGAGCUCAUUUAGGGGAGCUCAUGUCUCAUUUGGGGGUCAGAGCUACUCUGUUACUACUCUACACUGCUCCUACUCACCCAGAACUGCAUCUGGAGUGUUCAGUGUUUUAACUGCAUCACUGUAAUGCCUGACUGCAUGUGAGUUCUGAAUGUGUGGAAGGGGCAGUUGGUGUGUGGUUGUCUCUUCCUGUAAGCAGAUUGAAUCAAGCCAUUAUUAUCACAUGCAGGAGUCAAGAGAAAGCCUGGAGCUCAAGAGUAAUGUCAAUACUUUUUAGGUCUCACUUCAUAUUGAGUGGCCUAAAACCUUUGUAAUUACAUGGUUGUUACAUGGUA